AUGUGCAUGUCCACACAACGUAAUUCCUGUACAGAUGAGAAUGACCAGUGUCAUAGACGGAGUGUCUUGGUGGUGUUGGGCUUGGUCGUCGGGUCGGCCCACAGCAGCUGCCUGAGCGGAGGCUGUGGCGGAGGAUCCUCUGGUGGCGUCAGCCGCUCCUACGGAGGACCCACCAAUAGCUUCGGAGGAGGAGGAGGCGGAUCCUUCGGGGGAGGAUCCUUUGGAGGUGGAUCCUUCGGGGGAGGAUCCCUUGGAUCCUUCGGGGAGGAUGGAGGUGGAUCCUUCGGGGGAGGAUCCUUUGGUGGUGGUUCAUUCGGAGGAGGUUCUGGAGGUGGCGGUGGAGGAGGAAUAAGUACCAGUUAUGGAGGACCAACCAAUAGCUUCGGAGGAGGAGGUGGCGGUGGCUCCUUUGGGGGAGGAGGAUCCUUCGGUGGUGGGUCCUCUGGAGGAGUAAGCACAAGUUAUAGUGGACCAAGGAAUAACUUUGGAGGAGGAGGUGGCAGAGGAUCCUUCGGCGGAGGCAGCGGUCGUUUCGGUGGCGGAUCUUCUGGCGGAAGAGGCGGAGGAGGAUCCUUCGGCAGAGAGGAGGGCGGCGGUCGCUUCGGUGGCGGAAGGGGGCGGAGGAGGAUCCUUCGGCGGGGAGUGAGCAACACUUACAGCGGCCCAAGCAAUAACUUCGGAGGCUCUGGCGGAGGCGGGCGCCCUAAUCUGACCUCUUACCUGGCAAGGCUGCAAAGAGUUGAUUCUCCAUACCUGUUCCCACAGCAUCUGUGUAAUCUAAUUAACUUAUUCCUGGCAAUAAAUACCCUCUAUCAGCCCUUGUUCCUUAUCGUUUAUGCUACACAUAUAAAAAAUAAAUCAUUGCCAGAUAGCCUCCGAGCUAGCACAGUCGUAACGUGCCGACCUCUCCAACAGCAAUGCAAGGUAGCCCGUUGGUUUCAGAGACGGAGUGUCUUGGUGGUGUUGGGCUUGGUCGUCGGGUCGGCCCACAGCAGCUGCCUGAGCGGAGGCUGUGGCGGAGGAUCAUCUGGUGGCGUCAGCAGCUCCUACGGGGGACCCACCAAUAGCUUCGGAGGAGGAGGAGGAUCCUUUGGAGGCGGAUCCUUCGGGGGAGGAUCCUCAGCUGCCUGA